AUGUCUCGCCAGGAAAUCACCAAGGCAUUUAGCCUGCUGCUGACAGCUCAUCCAAGGUCAUCCCGCGGUUUACAGCGCUGCAGAGGAUGGAAAGCCCAGCGAGAGCCAAGCACCGUCCCUGGCCGGGUGUCCGGCACCGCUCUCCCGGACGGGCCGGGCCGGCCCGCGGGGAGAGUGGGGAGCGAUCCCCACUCGCGGCUCCCACCCUGCCACGGGCACCGACAAGACCUGCCGGGCGAGGCGGGUCCCGGCCCGCCCUGUCCCCUGCGCCAGCCUCGAAGGCAGCGAAUGCUGCGGCAGCCAAACUCUCUCCGCGGCCCCGCCCCGUUGCGAAGGAAGCGGCGUCGCCGGUUGCUACGAGGCCGGGCCGGACGCGCAGAGCGGCCCGGCGCUGGCGGCGGUGCGGGCCCGGCGCUGACCCGGGCGCUGCAUGGAGCUCGGCGGGAAGGCCGGCGGGGCGGCGCGGGGGCAGCUCCUCUCCGGGGCCCCGCAGGACCGCGCGGGAGGGCGGCGGAGCGUCCCUGUGUAUCCUUCCCGAGGCGGUCCCCGACCGCCGGGGCGGGCGUUUCUCGGGCCGGCCGAGCCCUGCGAAGGGGGGCCGGGGCCGCGGGGCUGCGUGCGGCCCGUGAUUUACAAGAAGAACGUCGGGCAUUGAAAGAGGAUCAAAAAAUGCAUCGGAGCAAGGCAAUGAAAUAUUUGAUGGAGACAAACAGAAGAAGAAGAGCCUUUGAAGAAAGACAGAAGGAAGAAGAAGCAAAAGAACAAAGAUUUAGAGAACAAGUUCUGCAGCAGAGGAAAAUCAAAUUUCAGGAGGCAACUGCUAAGUUCCGACAUGCUCAUCAGUCCUUUUCUCAGCAGAGACAAACAGUCCAAACAAAAGCAGCUUUUCAGUUAGAAGAAGCUCUUGAACAAAUUAAAGGAUCAGUUUUAACACCAGGACUGUGCUUGCAAAACAUAAACAAAAUCAACUUCAGAACCACAGAUGACCCUUCAUCCUCAUCAGCAUGUAGAAGUGAUUCUUUCCCUCAGAAGAAUAAUUCAGCAAUGUUUGGCUGUGAUGAAACAAUACAGGAGAGCAGUAGAACAGACAUGGAUAGUCACCAACUUCUCUUCCAGAAAAAUCUGAAAGAAAUGCAACAGCUCCUUGAAAAACAGCAUCUCAACAACUUGGAGAAUUUUCAUCAAGAAGUCAAAGAAACAGAUGAUUCAGAAAGCAUGAUGAGCCUUGACAGUCUUGAGGCUGGAGAACAAAAUGGAAAUUGCACAACACAGAGUGAAUCAUCUUUUACCACACAGUGUGACUGUGCCCUGUAUGAUCCAGAAAAAUGCCAGACUAGGAAUAAUGGUUUACUUCACACAGAUCAAAGUACUUCUAAAAAUGCACAUCUAAAUAAUUGUCUGAGAAAUAUAGAUUUGCUACACUACCACAACAUACCUAUUCAUGAUCUUUUAGCUAAACAUAAUGUUCUAACUCCUGCUGAACAUGUAAACACUUUAGAAGAGGAAUCAUCUGCUUCUCACAGAUCUGGAAAACAACCUGCAGAAUUCUCUGCCUCUGGUAAGCAAAAGAGCUCUCUAAGUAAUGCAUUUAGUUUUCUGCAAAACAUAACAGAGAGAAGCAAGCCAUCUUCUGGAACAGCUAGGACAUUUGCCACUGGUCAUCCUGUUUUCAAUCCUAGCAGAGCCUGGGACAGCCCUGAUUCUAAUCCAGGAGAAAGAAUUCAGGAUCUGAUGCAAGAUCAGAGUUUUAAAAUGACCCCACAGGAGAGAACUAAAUCUAUGCAAGCAUCCAGUCAACCUAUUGCAACAUCUGUAAUCUUAUUUCCUAAUCAGGGAUAUUCCACUGACAUUCCUAGCACAGCUGAUGUAUUACCAAAGGACAAAAAUAUCAGUACAGGCUUUUUAAAAAAAAACUUAGGAAAAAUUAUUGAAACAAAAGAAGAAAAUAUUAAAUGUAUGAAUGAUAUUAUUUCAGAAACAUCUUUAUUUCAGGACAUACCAAAUGCCUCAGUUCUGUCAGAAGUUAAGCAACAGAAUAAUAAAGAAAGAAAGGAAAAUAUAAUUGAAAAUAUGUCAUUGUUAUCUGAUACAGAGUUCAAUUCUGACACUUCUGCACAGGACAAAAUCCUGAAAAAUAAUAUUCUUGAUAGAAAAAGAGUGAAGUUAUUCAGAAGUAUCUUAAAGAAGGGUUCUGAAUAUGAACCCAGUAAUUUCAAAGCUGUGGUUACAGACCAUGCAAUCAGUUUUGGAACUCAACUCAUGUCAUCUAUCAGAGACAGUUUAGAACUGGCAAAAAUAAAAAAUAAAAGUGCACAAAAUGAAAAAUGCAAUAGGAAGCUAAAAUGGUGUGAUGAAAUUGACCAGAUAAUAAUAGAAAAUAAUGAAAAAUGCUGUGAAAAAAGCAUCAGAGAAAUAUGUUCUUCAAAACUGCAAUGUGUUCAAACUGCAAAUAACCUUCCUAAGAAUAAUUUAAGUAUUGUUGCUUCAAACCUCAUGUUCAUAAAAAAUCCUCAGGAAAAUUCUUAUAUGUCAAAACCAAACAGUAAUACUGAAAAAUCAAAUAAAAAAUACCCAUCUCAGAAUAUAUUUACAUCUACAGGAUCCUUUUCUGCUAAGAAAUCUUGGAUGGUAUCAAGAGAUGAAACAAGUAAACUCCCAGUAUGUAGCAAUAAUGCUAAAAUUAAAGAAGGUGAUCAACUGAAAAGUAAGGCAAAAAUAUCCAGAAGAGCAACAUCUCUAAGAGUCCAGUCAUGUUUUAUGCCCAAGAAGAGAAGAGGCACUAUGAUCCAACUGCAAUCAGGCACUGAAGCCAACAAAACUCAAAAAGCUCCAGGGAAAUACCUCUCACCUCACCCACCUUCCACACCUCUGCCAGGAAACAGAAGUGUUGAGAACACAGCCAGCCCUGGGUGUCAGUCAGUGCUGCCUGCCAGUCUGCAAGCUACUGGUGCUAGCAGCAGUGAUUUCAAUGACAGGCAUGUUGUGCCAGCCAGUCAGGUUUUAAAUAGGAGCAGUGCAGGAGACAGUGAGACUAUUACUGGCUGUGCUGGCUUGGCCACUGCCGUCUCUACACCUGACUGCUGCACAGCCAAAUACAAACUUUGGGCAAAAAAUACUUGUUCUGUAAAUAAUGUUAAGGCAAGCGCCUGUCAAAAUCAUUCAGUAACUUGCUCUGAGAGAAGACCUGUUAACACAGAAAAUAGAUUACAUCUCCAUCAUAUCCCAGCAGCUGGAAAAACAAGCACCUUCUGGCAUGGAGCACAUUCUACCCAAGCUCCAAAAGACUCUGCUACUGGCGGUGUUCCUGUUACAAGACAAAAUCAGGUUUUUGGCAACUAUGAAAAUAAACACCGACGUUUUUCAGAAUGCAGAAGACAAAGUGUCAUCUCUAAACUAUGGAAGCCUGCUCCUCAUGCACAGAAUUCAUUAUGUGCUGUCCAGCUGAGUCCCAUUCAUUCUGCAUUUGAUCCAGUACAAAAGAUGAAAAACAUCUCUAAAACUGAGGAAGUUUCAGAAAGCACUGCUCAGUUCCUAGUGGCAGAAAAACUGGCAAGUACACCAAUUGCAGAGGGUGAAAUCCUGGCAGCCAUGGACCGUGUGAAGUCAGACAGGCAGCUCUCACUGCUUAGAAGGGCUCUGUGUCCAGGCAGGAGUACUCUUUCUGUAGAAGAACAGAAGAUUUUCCAGUCUCUGGAUUGUCUGAAUCAAAAGCUACAAAAUGUUCAAAAAGCCAUUACCAGAAACCCAUUUGCUACACAUGUUUUGCAGAUAAGCAACACUUAG